GCCGCUCCCGGCGGGGAAGGAGGCACCGGCCCGCGGCCCUCCCGCCGGCUCGCUCCUGGCAGAUCCCGGCCCCGCCCGGCCCCGCGCUCACCGAAGAUGCCCUGCACGAUGCUGAAGGGGUUGUUGAGCCAGUCGGCCACGCACGGCAUGGUGGGAGCGAAGCGAGCGAGGGCUGCUGCCGCCGCCACCGCCGCCUCCCCAGCGCCCUGCAGUCGCCAACUCCCGCUCACCAGCCCAGAGCGGGGGCCGCGGACUUCCGCCCUCCGCCUUCUCCUCCUCCUCUUCCUCUCAGAGCGGCCGCAGCAAUGGCGGCGCGAUCCGGACCCGCCUUUUCCUUCCGCCCCUCCCUUCUCCUCCUCCCGCCGCGCCCGCCCGCGGAGCCGCCAUCUUAAAGGCGGGCGGGAUGAGGGCGGAAGGGGCCGGGCCGCUGCGGGGAAGGGACGUGGACGGGGCGCAGCCAUGGCGGCGGCGAAGCCCGGUACCGGCACCAACCUUCUCUUCGCUUCCUCCGCCACGGAAUUCAACUUCACCGUGCCCUUCAUCCCGGUCAGCCAGGCGCCGGCCGCGCCACCGGGCCCCGCUCUCCUUACAGCGGAUGAUUCUGCAGAUGUUGGCGAAGAGGACAGCUUCUUGGGUCAGACUUCUGCCAGCCCUAAUCCUCCACAGACUUUCAACUAUUUCUCCCAAGUGCCCAGUAGCAGCGAUCCAUUUGGAAGCAUUGGGCAGCCGCCCUUAACAUCUUCUGCCCCACCUGUUGGAGCAGCAGCCUUCUCCAGGCCUCCAACUUCACUUCCACUUGUGACUGGGUCACAGGAUGGGCAAAAUGCCUUUUCUCCACAGCUUCCCAAGUCACAGUCCUCUUCUGGCCCUCCACCUACUUCACAGGUGGGAAUCACAGGUUAUCAGACUCCUCAGCAGAGCUGUCCUCCACCUGCAAAUGCUUCUGCUCUUCCAUCUCAGCAGGGGUAUAACCCUUAUCGCCACACCACCCUGAGCAGCAGAGCCAACCCAUACCUUACUCCACCACAACUGCAGCAGGGUCAUGCGCCAACCCCACCGGUUCACCCACCAUCUUCUGUCCCACCUGUCCAGAUGUAUCAGACACCUCCAGGGCCACUGACACAGUUUCCCCAGUCUCAGUCACAGCUCCGAGCUCCCAGGCCUGCAGGUCCACUGGUCCAAGCACCUCCUGUUCUGCCACAGAACCAAUAUGAGCCGGUUCAACCACACUGGUUCUACUGUAAGGAAGUGGAGGACAAGCAAAUAUGGAUGCCAUUCAGCAUUCUGGAUUCUGCAAAACUAGAGGAAGUCUAUAAUUCUGUCCAGCCUGAUCCUGAGAGUGUGGUUCUGAGCACUGAUGGCGGACGCUAUGAUGUGUACCUGUAUGACAGAAUGAGGAAGGCUGUUUACUGGGAAGAGGAGCCUUCAGAAGUGAGACGAUGUAUGUGGUUCUAUAAGGGAGAGAAGGAUAGCCGCUUUAUUCCCUACACUGAGGAUUUUAGUGAUAAGCUAGAGGCAGAAUAUAAAAGGGCCGUAACUACAAAUCAAUGGCAUCGUCGGCUUGAAUUCCCAAAUGGGGAGACAAUUGUUAUGCAUAAUCCCAAGGUUAUAGUUCAGUUCCAACCUUCUGCCACAUCAGAUGAGUGGGGGACCUCUCAAGAUGGUCAGGCAAGACCAAGGGUAGUAAAACGUGGAAUUGAUGAUGACCAUGAUGAAAUACCUGAUGGAGAAAUGUCCCAGGUUGACCAUUUGGUGUUUAUGGUUCAUGGCAUCGGUCCUGUAUGUGACUUGAGAUUUAGAAGCAUUGUUGAAUGUGUUGAUGAUUUUAGAACUGUUUCUCUGAAGUUGCUGCAGACUCACUUUAGGAAAUCUUUGGAGGAAGGUAAAGUGAGCAGGGUGGAGUUCCUUCCAGUUCACUGGCAUAGCUCUCUGCAUGGAGAUGCAGCAGGUGUAGACAGGAACAUCAAAAAAAUCACUUUGCCAUCGAUUGGACGCUUGCGCCACUUCACCAACGAAACCCUCCUUGACAUCCUGUUUUACAACAGCCCCACCUACUGUCAGACGAUUGUGGAUAAAGUAGGGAUGGAGAUGAACCGUUUGUAUGCACUUUUCAUGAGUCGCAAUCCAGACUUCAAAGGAGGAGUCUCUGUGGCUGGGCACAGUUUAGGUUCCUUAAUUCUGUUUGACAUAUUAUCUAACCAGAAAGAUUUGGCUUCAUCAGUAAAUACUGAACCUUUCUCUGGUGUUAAUGGGACUGAGAAGGAUAUGUCUGCUCAAGAUAAACAGAUGACUGAAGAUACCAGUUCCUUGGGCUCCUCAAUUACUACUUCUGGUGAUGACCUUUGUGAGCCUGAAGUAGAUGAUGACGUUCCUACUUUGCAGAAGACUCUGGAGAUGCUGAGUUUAUCAGAGUAUGCAAACACGUUUGAAAAGGAGAGAAUUGACAUGGAAUCUCUGCUGAUGUGUACAAUUGAUGACUUGAAGGAAAUGGGGAUACCUCUUGGACCAAGGAAGAAAAUAGCCAAUUUUGUAAAAGACAGAGCAGCCAAGCAGGAACAAAAGAAAGCAGCAGCAGAGAAGAAAGCAGCAUUGGCUGCCAUGCUUCAAACGCAAGAAGUAUCCCAGAAAGCAAAAGAAACAGUUACUUCUGUCUCACCUUCAGAGUCUGGUCAGCAGCACUCAAAGAGGAAGCUUCCAGUUGGUGCAUCUGUUUCUUCUGUGAAUGUUGACUAUGAGUAUUUUGAAGUUGGAACUGGUCAGGUUUCAGUAGUUUACAGUGCUCUGGACUUUGAACCAGAUACAUUCUUUGCUCUUGGUUCUCCUAUUGGUGUGCUCCUAACUGUACGAGGACUGGAAAAGAUUGAUGAGAACUACAGACUUCCUACUUGCAAGGGUUUCUUCAAUAUCUAUCAUCCACUUGAUCCAGUAGCUUACAGGAUAGAACCAAUGAUCAUUGAAGACUUGAGUUUAAAACCAGUUCUUAUUCCACACCACAAAGGCAGAAAAAGACUUCAUCUAGAAUUGAAAGACUCUCUGUCUCGAAUGGGAUCUGAUCUGAAACAGGGUUUUAUCAGCUCUUUGAAGAGCGCAUGGCAGACCCUUAAUGAAUUUGCACGUGCUCAUACAUCUUCAACUCAGCUACAAGCAGAACUGGAGAAAGUUGCUAACCAAAUUAAAGAGGAAGAAGAAAAGCAAGUGGUAGAAGCUGAAAAGAUCACUGAAAGUCCAGACCUUCCAAAAGAUGAGGAUUUUACGGUGAAGGUUGGAAUGCUGAAUGGAGGACGACGCAUUGAUUAUGUUCUACAAGAAAAACCAAUAGAAAGCUUCAAUGAAUACCUUUUUGCUUUACAGAGUCAUUUGUGCUAUUGGGAAUCUGAAGACACUGCCUUGCUGUUUCUCAAAGAAAUAUACAGGAUGAUGAAUAUCAAUCCCGAGCAGCCACAACAUUGAUGCAUAGGUACAUGAUUACCAUACCUGUUGUUCUGACAGACCUGGUGGAAGCUGCUUCAAAGAACACCUGCUAUUUGCAUAGUUAGAGCUGACAGGAUAAGUAUCAGACUUUUCCUGCAGUCCAGAGCUCUCUCGGAUUCUGCCUUCCUGUGUCGCUUCAAGCAAACUUAGUUCUGAAAAGAUCAGCCCCGUCAUUCAAGAGAUGAAUGGAAUGACAUAAUUUUGGUCUUACAAAUCAGUUAAAUUGUACAGUUGCCAAAUAUAAAGUGAUCACUGAGGAGUUCUCUGGCAUGCAAGUCAUUACUUCUCUCCCUCCUAACUAAGCUGACUGUCAAACAUGCUUUGUCUACUAAGGCAGCACGUCCUUGUUAAAAAGGGCUUGUUGAGAAACAGCAAUAAUCUGCUUUUCUUGACGUGUUUAUUGGUCCAUCUUUUAGUAAUAAAAUGUGAACUGUAGUUAUAACCACCUUUAAUAUAGAUUACACAAAGCUGUUCCUAUUUACGAAAAACUAGCAACAAGAAUAAUUUUCCUUACUAUUGUAAGUGUUAUGGAGAUUUUAUAAAGACUUUUUAAGUUUCUGCUAUGAGUUUGAGUUUUUGUUUUUCAGAUAGAAAUGAACCUUUGAUUUCAAAAAAGUUAGAAGUUUGUUACAGGUAGUUCAGUGUUCACACCCCUUGAAAAGAGCAGUUUAAAACUACGUUUUGGUCAAAAGGUUGAUACAGUUUAGUGAAACUAGGCUGCACGUGUGAGAACUGAAAUACUUACCUUGACACUGCAAUUUAAUCUCUCAAAAUACUAAAUGGAAGUACAGGAAUCUGAAGCAUAUGGGCAUUAAAUAAUAAUCUAGAUCCAGAUCAGCAGCCCAGUCUAUUUAUCUCUUAAUGAAGGUGAGAUGAGUAGGGUUGCAUGAAAUCAUGAAUUUGUAUCUCUGAAUACUGAGCUUCUGUAGCUUUCUUCUAGCUUCAUCUCACAUGCAAAUUGUGGCUUUUCUCAAUAACUUGACUUUACUACUGACUGCUUGCUUCUGCUAUUACAGUAAAUGCAUUUUGAAAUGCAAUAUUUUUUUCUAAGUAUAUGUAAAAUACACAUUCUUGUGUACAUACUUUAGUUAUUAUAAAUACUUCCCAUGGGUCUUUACAGCAAAAAUCUCUAUUUCAUCACAGAGUAGGUUGUAAGGGGGGCCUUUGGAAAGGUUUAGUCCAACUCCCCUGCUCAAAGCAGGGUCAGCUUAAAUUAUGUGGCUUAGGGUCUUAUUCAAGGAUGAUGAUCCAUCACCUGUCUGGGCUCUAUUCUAAUGUUUGACUACUAUUACUAAGAUUUUUUUUUUCUAAUAUAUUAUUGUCAUUUCCCAGGCAGAGCUUGUUUGUUGCCUUUUGUCCUCUCUGUGCAUCUCCAAGGACAGUCUGUCUCUGUCCUCUCUGCACCCUUUCAUGAGACAGUUGAGGGCAACAGUGGGAUUUUCCUGUUGCCUUCUCAAGGCUGAACACUUUCUUCUAGACAUCUCCUUUCAUGCAGUGUGCUGUAAAUCCAAAUAUAUUAAAAAAUAUAUAUUUUAAAAGCACAAAACUAAAACAAGCCAACAAAUGAAAAACCAAAAGAAAGUACAUAGCAUGAAGAAUAAGUUGAGGAAAAAUAAGCAGAAAAUUGGAAAUAAAAAUAAAAAUAAAAAUUACUGUCCCUUGAAGGGUCACAACUUGGUAGAUUUUUCAGGUGCAGAUGUUUAUAAAUGAAGCCUAAGGGGGGAAAAAAAACGUAAUCAGAGCCUCUCUAAGAAAUCCACUGCUUUUCUAACAGAUUCCCAUCUGAAGGAAAUUGAAUCUCUCACUGAAAACAGAAUUAUUUUGAAAAUACUUCUGCCUAACUGAAGCAAAGGGGGCUGACUUCUGCCCCUCUGCUUCAGGAGCUGUUGUCUGUGCUGGCAGCAUUUCCUCCCUCUGGAAACCUCUCCUAGCACUUCUGUUUGUAAAAGCAGUGUAGUCAAAUUGUGCUUGUGCCAUGUGACACUUUGUAUAGUAUUGAAAUUUUUCAGUAACUGCUUCAGGAGUUGUCCUGAUCUUUUGUUUUUCCCAGUGAAUGUUAAAUUAAUAUUUAUAACUUUGUGUCUGCAGUAUGACAAAUGUGCUACAAGUUCUGUCUACAAUGAUACUUUCGUAACAAUGUUUUCCCCAGUUCCUCUCUGUAUGUCAUCUUGUUUCUUGUUAUGAAUAAUAAAAUCUUGCAUUUCAUUUUUCCUUAA